AUGACUGAGAAGUUGAUAAUAUCCAAAAGUCUUAAAGAGGCUCAUAUGAAACUUAUCAGUCUCUUAAACCAAAGUCGAGAUGAACUUUUAUCAUUCAACAUAUCCAAUUCUAAUCUAAACAAUCUAUCAACCAUCUCAAAUAAAUUAGCAACAUUAAUUUCCACUUCAAUAGAACUCAAUCAACUAUUUAUCAAAGUUCGUAAACGAUUUAAUCUAUUGGAAAACCAAAAUACCAAUUCAAAUGAACUUUUGAUCGAUGAAAACUUGAAAACCAUCAUCGAAUGGGAAGAUCAACUUGAUAGAAGAGGUGUUGAAUUAUGGAAUCAAUCAAGUCGAAUCAAGAGACAGAUUGAUGAACAGUUCAAAAAUCAAUUCCAGCUUAAAGAAAUUUAUUUUAAAUCUUUAAACUUUUUGCAUUUUCAAAACUUACCUAAUCAAAAUCAAUUUAAUAAACCGAUCAAUUUUAAGACUCAUGAAUGCCAAAAGGUAUAUUCAUCUAUUCUGCUUCGCUUGAUCGAUGUAACGACCAAGACAGUCAAAGCUCUACUCCCAUCAUUCGAUUUAAAAGCUGCUACGAGUAAUAUUGAUAUAGCUUGUGAGUGCGAGGAGAAACUUGCAAAAGAGUCCCAGAAUUGGAAAACUAGCCAUGAAAGUGAUCAAUACCUUCGAACUCUGAUCAAUUAUUAUGCUAUCAAGGCUGAUUAUAGUUGGGCAACAGGUAAUGAGACUGCUACGAUGUUUAACCUUCGACAAGCGCUUGAUAAAUCAAAUUUGUUAAGCUCGCCCAAAGGAUUUCAAGAUUCAAUCAAUAUUAUUUCAAAGCUCUAUGCUUUCUCUCAUCUGAUGCUGCGAUCAUCAAUUGGAUAUAAUAAAAUUGAAGAGUCGAAGGCUUCCAAAAAAUCUAUGAAUCUCCAAGCAUCACAAUGGCUUACUUUCGCAUUAGAAUCUAUUGAAUCAUUGGGUACUAAGAGUUUCAUUCCAGGACAAAUUUUGGAAAGAAUCUCUUAUGAUGACUUAAGGUUGAAGAUUAUAAAAGCUUUGGCGUUUGUCUACUUUGAAAUUUCGAAAGAUCAAAAAGGUUCAGAAGCUGAAGUUACACGUCAACGAGGUGAUCGAGCAUUUGAUGAAGCUUUAAAAUUGAAACCUGAUCAGGAAAUGUGGCUUCAUAAAAUUCGCAGACUGGGACAACAAAAAGAAUUCGGACCGGAACUGAAAUCAGCUAUUUCGGCGGUGUUGAAAACGCAACCCUUCGAUAAGAAGCUCUUAGGGAUUCUUCAUUCUGUGUCACAUCAGAUUUCGAAUGAGAAUUAUCGAAUGGACGUUUAUGCAUCAAUCUUGAUUGCUUGCGUCGGACGAAGAGAUCCGGCAGAGCAAGCUUUAGGCGGACCUUCAAUUUAUGCAAUCGUUUCAUUUGUAGGAGCAAAUCUUACAAAGUCUUAUAAGAAUCUUAAUCUAUCCGACAAAGGUGUUAUACCUUCAACAUGGAAUUUGGAUCAAAGGUUAGAUUUCCUACAGAGAAUAACUGAUGCAAUAAUGAUGGAUUCAGCUUUUAUCACUCAAUCUUUAAUCUGGUCUUCUGGAAGUAAAGCAUAUGAAUCGAAAGAUUUCAUCAAUGCUGCUAGGUGGUUUACUAUCGGAACCCACUCUAUGUUUCAUACUGUUUAUGAUUUGACCUUUGGGAAACUGACGAGGAAAGGAGCUUUGAGUUUUAUGAAUGCUGGGGACUAUGAUUCCGCGAGAAAAUUGUUGUCCGGUUUAUCUUCUGAAGCUCAAGAGACGGCUAGCUAUAACUUUAUCCAUUUCAUGAUUGAAACUGCUUUAGGGAAUGAACAAACAGCCAUGGAAUCGAUCAAGAGAAUGAUGAGCUGCAUCGAUUUCAAACCUCAAACCAUGAUAUUCGCUGCUCGACAAGCUGAUCAGAGAGGACUCAAAGAGGUAUUGAAUUUCAUCUUUCAAGAAUUGUUAUCGCUGAUUUCGGGCGAUUCUAUCGCAAGGAGCUCUCCUAUAGAAGGCUUGGAUCCAAUCAUCUUACUACGGUGGCUUAUACGCAUGGACCUUGCCAGGAUUGAAACCAGUUCUGGAGAUGAUUUGGAAUACGCCGAAAAGGCAUUCGAGCAUUAUAGCCUAGCCCAGAGAAUAUUAGAAAAGCAGAGAUACAAUGACGGGUCUGAAAAAAUCAAUGCCAAAGACGCUACUUGGUUAUGGAAGACAGCCUUCAACACAUGUAUCGGCAAAUCCACGACUUGGCCAAACUCUUUAAGUUUACGAUUUUUUGAUUUAACGAGUGAUUUGAUCAAUUUAACUCGAAAGCUUCCGGUUACAAUGCAAGAAAGUCGUGAAAUGAUUCAUCACGAACUACAUUGUCGAUUUGCACAUUUGGCUGGAACGGUUAAUAAUACAUUAGGAAGCGAAUCUAAAGAUAAUGAUCAGGAUAAAUAUCAUGAAAGGUUUUUAAACUUAAUCGAAUUGAUUUCAAAAGUUAAAACACUUUGUGAAGAAAUUGAAAUUAUUUCAAUUGAAACUAAUUCUAAUCAAAACCUUUUGAUUAUUGAAUCAUGUUUAUGUGUUUGGGAAUUUGAAGGAUUUUCGAAAAUUCAAGAUUGGAAUAGGAUUGCAGAAUUCUUGAGUAGUUUAGAAGAGAUGGCUGGCGUUAAAGGGCAUAUCACAACCAGUGUGUUGGAAACUAUUGCUGAUGUGACAGUUCAUGAUGCAAAUUUUCCAAUUGAUGUUGUAACUCAGGUCCUAAGGAAAGUUUUAUCGAUAUACGAAAAGAUAGGAAAAGUGAAUGUAGAGUUACAUUCAAGAUGGCUACGUAUCUUAAUUGAAAUUGAAAUCUCAACAGGUCAAGAUGACAACGCUAUAAAAGAUUGUAAUUCAGCACUGAUCUUGAUGCAACAGAAUUUAGAAACCUAUCCAUCAGAUGAAGCUGAUUGGAUUUUAGGAAAAAGUUGGGAUAGAUCUAUAGAUUUAUAUAAUCUAAGAUCAGUCGUACAUUCAAUAAAUUGGUGUGAGAUUUCAAUGAAAUGGAUGAAAUUAGUUACAGGUGGUAGGGUUUACGAAGAGAUGAUGAAUCGACAUUAUCGUGAAUUGUUGAAGAUGAGUCAAGAUUUGAGAACGUCUGAUCAAUUUUUAUUGUGA